AUGGCGGGUCGCGACGACGCAGGCAUUGAGACCUCCGGUGAUCCCGCGGCGGAAAGUUCACAAGAGGUCGCGAGUCUGAAAGCGGAAAUGGGUUCGUUGUCGGAACAGAUCAGCCAGCUGACGAUGCUGCCAACCCUAAGUCUAGGUUCAUGCAAGAUGGAGGAGUCCGGCGGGGCCAAGGAGGGAGCUGCUGGACGCGGCAACGCUACGGAGAGCGUAGACGCGUCGCCUGCGCAAGCUCAUGGAGGGACACCGCAGGUCGAGAGCGCGCGCACUUACGAGUACCUGCACGAACCAGUUCGAGAGUCCGACUCGAAAGGUCGAUACGGCGACACAGCGGCGAAGCAAGGGGCUUUGAACCUCGAGAGGUGUGGGCACAAGGGGUCAGAUGGCCGUCUGCACCAACAAGGGGAGCGACCUUAUCCCCGAGGUGUGGUCAUCGCCAUGGGUUGGGGCUACACCAAGGACAAGUGCGCGACGCAGGAGGUCGUCCUGGCGCAAGUCGUGUAUUGCGACAGCGACAUGGACUCCGUCGAGAACCAAGCAUUCUGUCCCGUUGCAGGCUUUCAAGGCGAAUGUGGUACCGCAAAUGUCGAUCUCGUGGGGGCUACGGAACAUGGCCAGGAUGUCAUGCAGUACGUGGCUGAUACAGCGGCCACGUGCUCCAUGUUCCGAUGUGCAAACGCUUUCGUGAACUACCGUGAGUGUGGGGGUUGGGUAAAGGGGACCGGAGGCGACAAGGCCCCCAUCCCUCUUCUAGGAUACGGAGACGUGAUCGUAGUCCUCCGGUCGGAAGGGAGUGCACCUGUUGGAAGGAUCGCUGGGCCCUGCCUCGGCUGUUCGAUGUCCAAGGGGCAGGGAGGGGGUGAUUUCGGUGGUGGUGGUGACUUCGACAGCCCCACCGACAGCACUAGCAGCAGCGACCCCGCCGCCGACAGCAACAGCGACAGCAGCAGCGGCGACGACCCCGACGACGACGGCGGUGGCGGCCACAGAAGCCCCGGUGAUGCCGGCAGCAGCAAGCCUGGCGACCUUGAUGGAGACGACGGUGGCGGCAACAAACCCGGCGAAGACUCCGAAAACCUCGAGGAGUACAAAUUCAAUCCCGCCGCCAGCCACUACCCGCCGGGACUUGGAGGGAAGAGACUUCUAGGGGGCGCCCCGCGUGCAGGACCGCUGCGCCACGGGGUCGAGCGCGGCCGCACACGGAAGCAGACCCGGGAGCUGCAGGGUUCCGAGGAGGCCCCGAACCCCGAGGAGGCGCUGCUGGCGACCGCCCUGGAGACGGAGCACGGGGCGGAGAUCGUCGCGGCCUACGUUCGCGAAUCGCUGGUGAAAGAGUACUGUGAGGAGGAAGUGGAGCGCCGCGCAAGCAUGGAAGAGCUGUACAGGCGCGAGAUGCAGAAGGUGCUCCAGUCCAACGACCUGGAACAGCAGGCGUUCGGUGCCGAGGUCGACGACGGAUCUACGCAACGACUCCCUGACCCGCAGUUAAGUAUUCCCUCGCCAAUCGGGCAGAAACCUGACGACGUAGAGGCUGUGCCGAUGACAUACAAGGAUGUGUUGAAUUCCAAGUACAAGGUGUUCUGGGUAGCGGCGAUGAGGAAGGAGAUUGAUGGCCACGACAAGACUAGGACCUUCACUAAGGUCAACGGGCUGCCUGAGGGACGGAAGGCAACAAGUGCGAGGCGGGUUUUUUCCCGGAAGACGAAUGAGAAGAGCUUCAUAGUAGACUUCAAACCCCGUUUGGUGGCGUGGUUUUUUCCAAAUCCCCGGUGGAGUCACUCAUCGUCAGCAUGCCCGAUUGUUGCAUCCAUUAAGACAGUGCUAGCCGUAUCGACUGAGAAGGGCAUGAAAGCAGUCCACUGA